AUGGAGAGCUCCUCCUCGUCUCUGUUGUUGCCGAGUUCGUAUGCCGGCAACAACAAGAGGGCCAGGGAUGCCGGCCUUGAGGCGGAGGCGGAGGCCGCCAAGAGGAUGCGGCCGGAGGACCUGCUGGACCUGCUCGACGACGACACCGACGCCGCGGCGGCCGGCGACCUGGCCUCCGUCAUGCGGAGCCUUGAGGAGGAGAUAUGCGCCGACGACCUGACGCCGCCGCAGCCAGAGCUAGGGUUCCUGCUCGAGGCCUCGGACGACGAGCUUGGCCUGCCGCCGGCCGCCGGGGCGUCCUCCUCGUCGGACGACGCUGGGGGCUGGGAACCAGAGGAGCCCGCCCGCGUGUUCGGGGAGCAGAUAUGGAGCUUCGAGGACGAGAUUGAGGGCGCCUACGCCUUCGGCGGCGUUGCCUACUCGCCGGAGGCCGCCGUGCCGGCUGCUGCGGCCGCAGCCGAGUGGGGCGACGACGGCUUCGACGCCGGCCUGUUCGGCUUCGGCGACGAGUCCUUGGGGCCGUCCGAUCUCGACGUGCUUCGCCAGGAGACCAUGCCCGCCGUUUGA